CAUUGUUUGUCAAUCGCUGACAGGAAGACAUUAGAAGCAGUAGCAUUGAGCUAAAGUGUGUGAUGUGAGGACAGUCAGUCUACAUGAGUAGAGUCGUGGGAGACAUUUGCCAGGAAAGUGCCGGAGUUUAACAUGACGCGACAGCGGAGCUUUCUGUCACUUCCCCGGUGUGUUUACGUGUGUUUAUGAGCGUGUACGUGUUCAAUAACAGUGUCGUUACUACCCGGCGUGAGCAGCGGGACACGCCUCUUCCUGUCACCGUUCAUUCAUGACAGCGUGAGCGUCAAAGUGUGUGUGUUUACACUAUGGCUUCAAAGAGCAGACUGUUUCUCCAGAGGCUGUUGAGUAUUGGACUCAGAGGACCUCGCACCGCCUGGUGCCGCAGCUCUGCUUCCGCCUGGAGUCAAGGACGAGCUGGUGUCAGACAUGUGAGCUGCUCAUACUCUGUCUGCAGACCGCAGUCUACCUCCACAGGUUUGAGUAGCUGGUCGUUCAGGAGUCACACCUGCGGAGAGCUGAGAUCACAUCAUGUGGGAGACACGGUCACUCUGUGUGGUUGGGUGCAGUACCUCAGACAGGACCUCUUUGUCAUCCUGCGAGAUUUCAGUGGCCUGACGCAGAUUUUAAUUCCUCAAGAAGAGUCUGCGAGUCACUUGAAAGCAGUGCUGUGUGAUCUCACAGCCGAGUCCGUCAUCAAGGUUACAGGGACUGUCAGAAGACGACCAGCAGGACAGACGAACAAGGAGAUGCCAACAGGAGAAAUAGAAAUCCAUGCUGAGAACGUGGAGGUUUUCAAUGUGUGCCGCCAACUGCCUUUUGAGAUUAAAGACUUUGUCAAAAAAUCCGAGUCUUUGCGGAUGCAGUAUCGCUACCUGGACCUGAGGUCUUCUCAGAUGCAGAGGAACCUUAGACUGAGAUCUCAGCUGGUGAUGAAGAUGAGGGAAUACCUCAGUAACACACAUGGUUUUGUUGAUGUGGAAACCCCAACUCUGUUUAAAAGAACACCAGGGGGAGCCAAAGAGUUUGUGGUUCCUUCCAGAGAGCCGGGUCGGUUCUUUUCCCUACCGCAGAGUCCACAGCAGUUUAAACAGCUGCUGAUGGUGGCUGGUAUAGACAGGUACUUCCAGAUGGCUCGGUGCUACAGAGAUGAAGGCUCCAAACCCGACCGACAGCCUGAGUUCACCCAGGUGGACAUUGAGAUGUCUUUUGUGGACCAGGCGGGUAUCAUGUCCCUCGUGGAGGGCAUGUUACAGUACUCAUGGCCCGCAGAGACAGGUCCGAUUGAGGUUCCUUUCCAAACCAUGACAUAUGAAGAGGCCAUGAGGGACUAUGGUGUGGACAAGCCUGACACUAGAUUCAGUAUGAAGCUCAUCGACCUCAGUGAGCUUUUCUUAUCCACAGACAUUGAGUUCCUCAGAUCUGCUCUCGGUCGUCCACGAGGCUCCGUUCAAGCAAUUUGUGUCCCCAGUGGAGCGAAACUUUUCACUGGGAAAGACUUGGACGGACUGAAACAAACAGCCAAGACUCAGUUUGAACAGGAGCUGAGUGUGGUGCUGGUCAGAGAAGAUGGAACAUUAAAGUCUCCUCUGAGAAAACUGCUGUCUGACUCUGUCACUGAGGAGCUGCUGAACCAGACUGGAGCCAAACCUGGAGACCUGCUGCUGAUAGCAGCCGCUUCCCUCCACACUGUGCGUCCAUUACUGGGUAAUCUACGCUUACAGUGUGCAGAGCUCCUGGAGUCUUAUGGCGCUUCACCACGAGACCUUUCUGCCUUCCACUUCCUCUGGGUUGUGGACUUCCCUCUCUUCUUGCCUAAAGAGGAUGAGCUGGAGCAGCUGGAAUCAGCCCAUCAUCCAUUUACUGCUCCACUGCCGGAGCAUGCACAGCUCCUCUACACCGAUCCACACAAGGUGCUUGGCCAGCACUAUGACCUGGUACUGAAUGGGUGUGAGAUUGGAGGAGGAUCCAUCCGUAUACACAAAGCUUCGGAGCAGCUUUAUGUCCUGAAGAAUAUCCUCAAGGAGGAUUCCAGUCUCCUCUCUCACCUGCUGGAGGCUCUUGACUCUGGAGCGCCACCACAUGGAGGCAUUGCAUUGGGCCUGGACCGGCUGCUCUCCAUCAUGGUCGGGGCGCCCAGCAUCCGGGACGUCAUUGCUUUCCCCAAGUCAUUCCGGGGUCAUGACCUCAUGAGCCACGCUCCUGACUUGGUGUCCGAGGAGGAGCUGAAGUCCUAUCACAUCUCUGUGAGAUGGCCAACAGAUGAAGGAGGAGAAGAUGAGGGGAAGUGAGAUUGUUUUUUAAAAAAUAGAGGGAUUUCAGAGAAAAUGGAGAAUCUCUGUAACCCUGACAACAGAGGAAAGAGGACAAUGGCGGGGAGACAGGGACGAGCUGAUGACGCGGAGUGGAUUAUGAACUCUGCUUUCUGUUAGAGGUGAUGAGGAGGAGGAGGAGGAGGACGUGACUGUGUGGGAGGAUCUGGUUUUGCCAUGACAUGAACACAGAGCUCAGAUAAUCAGAUUACAGCCAGUGUCACUGCUGAUGUCAUUUCCUGUCAAUCCAACACCUCAAACGACAGUUGCUGUGAUUAAUCAUUGCUUCAUUAAACAGAACUUUAA